AAUGAUGAAUUGUAUCACUUAAUUUGUGUCACAAAAUUAAAUGAUACUAUUUUGAAUCAUUUAUUUAUAAAUGAAACAGAAAUAAAUAAUUUAGCAUUACUUAUAAUAAAUUGAUGUUAAUAUUAACUAAUUUAGCAUCAGUUCAAUAAAUCGAUAUAAUUUGUUCUAAUUUGUAUCACUUUAACGAAACUGAUAUUACUAUAUAAAGUUAUAUCAAUUAAACAAAUGAUGUAUUUAUUUGUUUGACUAAUAUCAUUUAUUUAAAUAAUACAAAAUUUUCAUUAAUAGAAAAUGAUGCAAAUCAAAAAUGUUAAUACCACUAAAAUAAUUAGAUGGAUUAAUCUUAAUUAUAAAACGAAGGUAACUGUUUUUUUUUCUGCAACUUUUACUGCUUUUCUUUACUUGUCGAAAUGUCUCUAACGUUAGGUCUUUUGAAUACUAGAGCUACCUUUUUCUUAGUAUCUGUUUUGUGCUCAAUAUGCUGUUUUGUGUUUCUAGUUUUAUCCUAUUUUUUUUUCAAAGAACCGAUGUCCGCUGAUUAAUCUAUCCCGGAUCAUAAUUUGAACAUGUAAACUGAUGAGCGUGAAGGAACUUGAAACGCACUUGAACCACUGAUCAUUUGUAUUGCACUUUGAUUUAUUUCCAGUUACAUAAUAUAUAGAUAUAAUCACGAUUAACAACUUCCUAGUUAAUAUAGUUUCAGGAAAUAAAAAAAACUACUUCCUAGUUCGUUAUCUAAAAAUAUAUAAAUUUAAACCAUAAUAUUUUCCCCCACUAACUAUUAACUAGCAGUUAAGAUUGUGAUCACGAAAUGAUUUGUUUCCUGCUGAAAAUCCAAAAUAUCUCCAAGAAAUUAUAUAUUUUGCACUAUCCCACUAACCUCAUUUCUUCCUUGCAACAAUUUAAUAUCUUCUUUUAAUUUGCUCUUUCUUCUUUCUUUCGAUUAGUUCUGGUACUCUCUUCUUCUCUCUUGGGAUUUCAAUAGGAUUAAUGAUGACAAUCUUCGCUACAGUCACCUUCCACCGUAACAACCGCCACCAUAAUCCUUCAUCCCCGUCCCCUUCCACUGCCGUCGUAGCCGUUUCUUUUAAUUUGCGAAUCUGUUUUUUGUGCGUAUAUGUUGGUGGAUAAUUAAUGUGUUUAUAUAUUUUUGCUAUAUUCUAGUAACAAUGUGCAUAUAGGCCUCUUGGAAAUAAUUAAGAAACUUCCUUUUAGCUGAAUGAAAAACCUUCAAUUCAAAACUUAUGUUGUCGAUUUUAGAUAUUUUUCUGGUUGCUUUAGUUAAUCAUUAUGUUGUGAAACUGUAGGAAAUGGAUGCUAAACCCUUGAGAGUUAAUGCUGGUCCUCCUCCAACAAGGAAGAAAGAUCUUUGGAGAGUAGAAGCAUUCCCACAUCCCCUCCUAGAAUGUUUUUUAUCUACUAACUAAUGAAGCUAAUGUAAAACGUUAUGUUCAUAUAGUUCUCUCUGCUUAAAUUCUUUGUUUGGUUCUCUUUUUGAUGUUCAGAGAAGGAUACAAUUUAAGUUUAAAUAAUAAAUAAGUAAUUUUUUUAUUUAUUUUUUUUUAUAUUUUUCUUAUUUAAAAAAAUCAAAUAAAUAUUAAAUUAUGAGAAUUGUUUUUUACGUCAACUUUAUUUAUGUAAAUAUAAAAAUUUAUCAUCAUUUUUUUUUAAAAUGACACAAAUAUUAGAAUCAUUUGUGAAAUUGAUAUCAAUUUAACGUCACUUAUAUAGAAGUGAUAAUAAUAUAAUAAAUCAGUUAUCGUAAAUGAUACUAAUAAUAACAUCAUUUAGCAAAAUUGAUGCAAAAGUUAACGUCACUUUUUCAUAAAUGAUAUAUACUCACAUCACUUAUUUAAUUAAUGCAAAUAUUCAGUAUUUUUACAUCAAUUAUUACUAAAGUGAUGUCAAUUAUUUGCAUCACCACUUUCAGAGUCAUUUAUUUAAAUGAUGCAAAACUUUUUUACAUCAUUUAUAAAUGAUACAAAUAUAUAAAAUAAAUGAUGUAAACUAACCUUUUUUUUGUAGUGACUGCUAACUGGAAUCAACUUUUGAUUUUUAGAGGUUAGGAGCGGUGUUAAGCGAUUUAUGUUUUUUUGUGACUUUUGUAAUUUGUCAAAAAACAGUUAAUUCGUAGAAAAUCAACAAUUUUUUUUUGAAUAAAAGAAAAUCAACUUUACAUAAGAAAAGAUGGGAACUCCCUACAUCAAGAAAACAAAUAUCAAUUUGUGAUCAUCAAAUAGAAAUAGUGUAAUUUCAUGGAAAUUAAAAAGAAAUAAGGAAAUCAAAUAAUAAUACGAUGAAAGCAAGUGGAAAAAAAAAGAAUAUAAUGAAAAUUAAACACAUAUACAGAAAGUCAUGCAAAAUUAUACUAGUCUACAACACUCGAACGUCCUUACCACAAUGUAGUUUAAAACGUUAGCAAAUUUGUAAAUCAUUAUGGAGCAAUGAUGUAUAUGGUUGACUGUGAUAACAAAAACUUUUGGAGUGAUGUGAGUAUAUAAAAUGCGUGUUUCUUUUAUAUAAAGACCAAAUAACUUUUAGCGUAUGUGACAUAACAUUGGAGUGAUGUGAGUAUAUAAUAUGCAUGUUUUUGAUAUAAAGACCAAAAAAACUUUUAGCAUAUGUGACACUCGCUUUAUCUUUCUAAUUGAUAAUCAUAUUUUCUCGAAUAAAUUGCCUCCGACUCUAUGAAACAUAAAUAUCAUAAUUAACGUUUGCUUUUCAAUUCGGUUGUAAAAAUUACGAAUCUACCCCUGUCGGCUUAAUAUAAGAACCCUAGUUCUCCCUUCUAUUUUUGACAUAAACAUCUCUCUCCUUCUCUCCCCCACUCACCGGAAACUGACUCCGACGUACAUCUCCGGCUUCACAUUACAAAACCAAGUUGAAAAUGAUGAAAGGAGGCAACAAACUGAUGAAGCUGAAAUCAGUUUUGAAGAAGCUCAACUCGUUCAACACCAAGCCGAACCAACCACCGAGUACUCCAGCCUAUCACGGUCGCUCCUCCUCCGUGAGUGCAUUUCCCUUAGAAGACCUUCACACCGUCUACGUCGGCAGAACACGGCGUCCGUACCAGGUGAGCUCUGAUGUCGUGAGCCAUCCGCUCUUCCAGCAGCUAGCGGCUAUGGAUGGUGGAUGCGGCAGCGAGGACGGUUCGAUCGCCGUGUCGUGCGAGGUUGUCUUGUUUGAGCAUCUCCUUUGGAUGCUUGAUAACGCCGACGCCGACGAGUCACGCCCAGAGUCGGUCCACGAACUCGUCGAGUUCUAUGCCUGUUAACUUCUCGUAUGAUUAAUUUAGGUGAAAAUUAUACUACUAAUGAUUUAUAUAUGUUUGUAUAUUCUAUACUUAAUUAGUAUACUUUACACACAGCCUUUUGUUAAGAUCUUUCUUCUUCUUUUAAAUGAUACAAAAAUAAAUAAAUAAAUAAAUAAAUAUAUAUAUUUCAAUGUGUAAAAAUUGUCGUGCAAUUUGUAAUAUAAAAAUGUUGUUUUAUUAAAAAAAGUUGCAAUGUCAAUGUAGAUCAAUUAAUAGUCGUUCAAAUCAGUUGCCGGACUCUGCAGGCGCGAAGAAGAUCUAGAUAUAAUGGUCUGAUCAACGGAAAUUACAUUUGAUUGACGCGAUUUGCUCGAUUUAGCUAUUAAACGCUCAUAAUUAGUCAAGAUGGAUCCAUAUAUAUCCCUUUGCAUGGAUUACUAAGGUUUUAGCCAUCUUUAAGGGAUUUCAAAUACAAGGAAGAUUGAGAAGAACUUAAUGUUUGGCCGAAGGGAAUUAAGCCUAAAAGGGCAGACCAUCCGAAUAGGCUAUUGGUACAUUCAAUACAUCUUAAGAAAAGAUAUAGAUAUUUUCAGGCUGAAUAUGUGCAUUAGAAUGAGACUGAAAAAUCAUUUUAAAAGAAAUAGUAAAAAUUAGUUGUUAGAAUGUCAGUUGGGGCGAGCAAAAUUUUUAGUUGAAAAUCUUUCAAAUGAUACAAUAAUCAAUAAAUAUUUCAUGUAAUAUGAAAAGAUUGUCUUAGAUUUUUUAAUAUAUAAGAAUGUACAAUGUCAAUACAAAUCAAUUAAUAGAUUGGAUACAUAUGCUGGUCUGUCAAAUGAGCUGACCAGACUUUGAGAGAUUAGCCAGUAAGAUUUUAUACGUUUAACAAAAUUGUUAUUAAUCUUUAUCACAAUAUUUACAAAAGAACAAAUAUUAUACAAUUAUAUAAUGAAUUGUAGUAUAUAAAUAAGUAGUUUUGGUGUAAAUAUUAAAACUGCGUUAUCUAUCUUAAAAUCUCCGAAAUAUAAAUAAGUAGUUUUUGAAUAUUUUAAACUCAAUAUAGGCUGAUCAGCGCCUCCCCUCCCCCAAAAUAUAAUUUAGAUGAAUGAAAAAAUAUAUACGCAAGAUCACUUCCAGUUAAAUGAAUGAUAAAAUGAAUAUUUUUAACUAAUUAACUAUUAAAAAUAGAUGAAAGAGGGAAUUAGAACUACUCACAAAAACAAAACUCAGAAACUCACAACAGCUGCACCGUAUCUGGGUUCAAAUGUUUUCAUAGGUUUUGUAAGAAAAUAUUAAUUUUGUUUGGUAAAAUCGUCUUUCAUGAGGAAUGAAAAGCUGUAUAUAUUCUUUGUUUCUCUUAGAUAUCUUACAUGUUGUAACACUAAUUAAACAUUUUCAUCCCCACUAAUCAUUUUUAUGACAUUCCCCAAUUUUAAAAAGUAUAAAACCCAAAAGUAUCAUACGCCUGAUUUGUCUCUAGUCUUUAAUAUUUGCACCAAAAAAAUGAUUUGUCUCUAGUCCUUACACGCCCAAGCUCAUAAAAACAUCAUCGCGUGGCAACACUAUUUUAGCCCUGAGCAUCACAACAGGGUGUAUGGGUGAUCCAACUGAUCGUGCAGUAUUCAUUACUCAUUAGCCAACUUGGUCGACACACACAAAACGAUACUGAUGCAGCGCAUCUUAGCAUGGAGCCGUUUAUGUUUUGUCCAUUAUUUUGGGAUGUUGGUUUUUUUACUUUUUUGCUACACGAGAUAAUAACAACAGAGAACAUAAACGUCUUAGCAAAGAAAAACAGAGAACAUAAAUGUACACAUUUUUCGUACAAUAGAGGUUAUAUUUUUGUUUUAUCUCGCAUCACUCUGACCACCGAAUCCCUUCAUAUCUAACAUAACUUAAAUCCCCCUUGAAAAAAAAAAUGGAGAAGAAAAUGAAAACCAGGACAAUAAAAAAACCUGAUUUUACAAUUACACCCCCAAAGUAAUCACCCUAACAAUUUCCAUCAACAUGUGAUAAACAA